AAGACAUAAUCCUCUUUUCUCAGUCUUUUCCAAGAUCUCGUCUUUUCCACGAUCGACCUCGCUGGUUUCCAUCUCCAAAUACUUCCCUUUUUUUCCUUUAGCCACAAGUAGUAAUUACCCCAAUCCAUGGGAAACAAAAAUCCAACUCAAAUUACCCAUUUCCACGUGCAGUUCCUCACUUCCAAGUGAGAAAAGAACAAAAUAAGAAAAAAAUCAUUGAAGCCUCUUGUAUUGCAUCUCCCAGCCGCCCACUCGUGCACUCCCAGACGACGCUGUUGAAUUGAAGCCGUGAAUCCAAAGGGGAGCUGCCUGACGCAGUUACAUCCCCCCCACUUCUCGAGCCGCUCUUUUGGACUCAAGAUAAGCCAGUUCCACAUCUCAUAUCUGGAUUCUGGACUCAGGGUUUUUCUGCUUUAGGCCCAAAAACUGUAGCCCAAUUUUGAGGUAGUCCCAGUUCUUUCUUCUUUCAAGCCAAUCAGUUUUUCAAAGCAAAGCCGGAAUGGAAAAAUGAAAAAUUAAAAUUUUGCACCCCACAGAACAGAGAAAAAGAACACGCAGUCCAUCUCCGAGACAGCAACUCAGACUCACUUUAUUGCUCCAAAGAUGCUUCUCCAUAUUCAGGCUCUGUAAAAUUGUUGGAUUUUUGAUAGCUACAUAUGAUUACGGCAUGGUUUGCAGCUUCAAGCGAGAGAAGAGGAUUUUCCAUUUGAUAAAAUGGAUGACUUGUUGAAGAAUAAGACGCUCGCAGUUCACGCAGCUUCAGCCACGGUGUCCGUGGGACUUGGCACUGCUCUUACAUACCCGCUUGACACUCUCAAAGUCUUAGAACAGGUUGGUUCUAGCUCUAGGAAGUCAUUGACUUUUGCUGAUGUUCUUCAUAGAGUUCAAGCAUUCUCUGGAUAUUCAGGCUUGUAUAAUGGCAUUGGAUGGAUGACCUGUGGAAGAACAUUGGGUCUGGGAGCUCGCUUUGGUGUUUAUGAGAUAUUGACAGCUUUCUACAAAGAUGGCCGUGAAGAUGAUUAUACACAUGUCUCUGAGGCGCUAAUGGCCGGAUUUGCUGCUGGCAUGGUGGAAUGUCUCGUAACCUCUCCAUUCGAAAUCAUCAAACUCCGUGCUCAGGUGGCUUCUGCUUCUCGCAUUGUGCAGCCUCCCACUUUUUCCGAGAAGAACACCAUUUCACCUUUAGUCUCGAGAUUGCUGCCCAGAUAUUCUCUGGAUAUGACGGCAAUGAGUAACUCUGUCGGCCUUCUGUCCACUUUGACCCCGAAAUACACGAAUAUAUUUGAUGCUCUGAAAGGAUAUCCCUGGAUGAUGACAGGAUCCGCAAAGCCACCUGCCGUCAGUAGUGUGAGUAAGCCAUCUGAAAUCCUCUCAUUGGAAGGAUGGCCUGCUCUGUGGCGAGGACUUAGGUCAGGUUUAGUCCGGGAUUCUAUUUUCGGCGGCGUAUUUUUCUCGAGCUGGCAAUUUUUACACCAAGUGAUGCUGAACUGGAAGGCUGUGGGGAUGGAUCCUAUACCCAGGUAUGAUUAUGAAGUUGGUCCAUUGUCUCCAGUAGCUCUCAGUCUUGCAGCUGGAGUCUCCGGUUCAAUUGCAGCUGCUGCUUCCCAUGGUUUUGACACAACCAGAAGUCGGUCACAGUGCACAGUUCUCCCCAAGCACUUAACCAUGGAGAGGAAAUUUCUAAAGUGGAAAAGACCAGGAAAGAGAUUUGAGAGGCUAACUGGGAUCCACCCAUCGGACAGAAAUUUACUGCUCAAUGGCAUAUGGUUAAGGAUGGCCCGUUGUGGACUCGCAUCAUCCAUCAUCGUGGGGAGUUAUUAUUUUGCUAUUAAUCAUUUUGUUUCUAGUUAGAGUUUCUCUAGCUUGCUGGAAUUUUGGAUAAAUAGGCUCACUGGGUUUUUCUAGUUGAGAACUUAUUGGGAGGACUUUUUCGGGUAUUUCGAACUCCUGUUGUGGGGAAUGAUAAAUUAAUGAAUAAGCCUGCCAAUAAAGUUUAUAAGAAGUCCAUGAAUGUUUACUAGAAUCAACGGGGCCCCUGUUCAAGCCCAAUAGCACAUCUACAGUGGACAAAUUCCCUCUCAACGUCAAUCUAAUUAGAGGCGCUAUACUUGCUAAAUACCUUGGAGAAACAUAUACUUUUUCUUUUUCUAUUUUUGAAAUUGUAAUCAAAAUAUUUUGACACUUCCGUUUUCUAGUAU